AGUGCGCUCUUGAAUGCCUGGACCAGUGAGGGAGCUUUCUGCGCCUGUGCAGGACUGAUACUGCUCGAGAUGCUGCUGUCGCUGCUGCUGCUACUGCAAUGGUCCUUAACGAGUGGAGCCACCGAUCCUAUAUAUCUGGUGGCAGUCACUUCGCAGGCAGUGUCUGGCAGCACAGAGACAUUGUGUGCACAGAUCCAUGAGCCCACAGAACCAGUUUCUCUAGUGGUGACUUUGAGGUCUGAUGUUCAGAACAUGACCAUUCUCCAACAGCGCUCCAUAACCAGGGAUUUCUACACAUGUGUCACUUUUAAGGUCCCACUGGUCACUGUGGAGUCUGUGGCAUCCAUCAAUGUUACAAUCCGAGGACAGUCAACAUUCAUGAACAAAACCACUCAGAUCCUCAUUAGUCCACCCCAAAAACUUCUUUUCAUUCAGUCAGACAGGCCUAUCUACAAGCCUGGACAAACAGUUAAAUUUCGUAUUGUGUCUCUGGAUACCAAAUUCUUGCCUUACAAUCAAGUGUUUAAAACUGUGGAACUUCAGGAUCCUUCCUCAAAUCGCAUUGGUCAGUGGUUGAAUCAGUCCACCAGGAGUGGCAUUUUGGACCUGUUCCACUCCAUCUCUCCAGAAGCCACUCAGGGUUUCUAUAUGGUCACUGCCUGGGAUGAGAAGAACCAACAAAUAUCACACCAAUUUGAAAUUAAAGAAUACGUUUUGCCAAAAUAUGAGGUGAACAUCGACUUUCCAUCUGUUAUAACUACUCAGGACAACAAUGUCCCCCUUAAAAUUUGUGCAAAAUACACCUAUGGGAAAGCCGUGCUGGGAACUGUGAAUGUUGAAGUGUGUGGGCGAAGCUGGUAUUACUUUUAUGAACGCAGAUUCCCUGAAAAUGCUGGAGUAUGCAAGACAUAUUCAAUGAUGACUGACAGGACUGGCUGUGCAUCUUGGGCGAUAAAUGCCACAAAUUUUGGCUUAAUUAAUGGAGGAAAUAUCAAUGUGCAAAGUAAUGUAGAAGAGUCUGGAACAGGUGUAACUAUUUCAGGUACCACCACAGCUAUGUUUACCAGGGAAUAUAUCAAUGUCUACUUUGAAGACACACCAGAAACAUACAAGCCUGGUAUGGUCUUCAAGGGAAAGGUUGUGGUCACUAAUUCACAAUCCCAACCAAUGAAAAACGAGCCAGUGGUUCUGUCUGCAUAUUAUGGCAAUCAAAAUGUCAGCCUGAAUUUGAUUACAGACAUAAAUGGCACUGCCCAGUUUUCCUUUAACACAUCAGACUGGUCAGAAUUGUCAGUGUCUUUACAAGCCCUUUUUAACAGAGUUGACCGAGUUGACAGAGUUGAUUACAUGGCUUUAGGAUAUUAUCCAUCAAGCUAUCUUUACCUAAGACCCUUUCACUCCAAAAGCAAGAGUUUCCUGACGUUGAUGAAUCCUCCAGAGAAGCUCAGCUGUAACCGUGAUGCAACAGUGGUGGCCAGUUACAUCAUUCAGGGCAGCGCACUGAAAACAGGCCAGAAAACCUUGGAUUUCUUCUACAUUGUCUUGUCCAGAGGCAGCAUGGCGCAAAAUGGUCGUUUGUCUGUGAGUGUGAAUAGUAAAAGAGAAAACAGGGGAGAAGUGACCUUCUCGCUGAAGACGGCAGCUUUGGCUCCAUACGCUCAGGUGGUGGUUUAUACAAUUCUUCCCAGUGGAGAAGCAGCAGCAGACAGUGUGAACUUCCCUAUUGAAGAAUGUUUGCCAAACAAGGUGUCCUUAAAGUUCUCAUCUCCCACCGCACUGCCUGGAGAGAGGGCAUCUUUCAACCUGAAAGCCAGUCCUGGCUCCUUGUGCUCUGUGCGGGCCAUAGAUCAGAGUGUGCUGCUGCUGAGACCAGAGGCUGAAUUCAACGCACACUCUGUCUUUGGAAUGUUACCAGUCCAAUUUUUGUCAGGUUACCCAUACAAUGUUGAGGAGCUCGAGCUUAACUACUGCCCACCUCCCUGGGGAGUCGGAAGGGGCAAGCGCUCUCGCUUCUAUUACCCUUACUACGGCAACCGAAAUGAUGUCUAUGAGAUUUUUAGAGCAAUUGGGAUCAAAAUCGCUACCAACUCUGAUGUGAAAGCACCAGUUGAUUGCAAUUAUAGGAUACCAGUUUUUCCAGCAAAGAAGAAUGAAACCAUUGUGGACUUAUCAGGGGUGGAUUUUCGCCCAGGUGUGAUAAAUCCAAAUGAAAGGGUCCGCAAAUUCUUUCCAGAAACAUGGAUUUGGGAUCUAAUCCCUGUGGGAAAUUCCGGCUCUGUGGAUGUUGCAAAAACCGUCCCAGACACCAUCACUACAUGGGCAGCAGGGGCUUUCUGCACAUCGCCUGUCGGAUUCGGGCUGGCCCCCAGCACCAAUCUCACUGCUUUUAAGCCGUUCUUUGUGAGCCUCACCCUCCCUUAUUCGGUUAUCCGUGAAGAAACGUUCACGCUUAAAGCCUCUGUGUUCAACUACCUCUCCAAAUGCAUCAUGGUGAAGGUCAUGCUGGCAGAUUCGACUCAGUUUACAGCUCAGCCGUGUAUUGGUUGCACAUACACUCAGUGUGUUUGUGCUGAAGGGAGCAAAACCUUCCAGUGGACUAUUACACCUUCUGCCGUGGGAAAGGUGAACUUUACAGUGCGUGCCGAGGCAUUAAAGACCAGAGAACUGUGUGGCAAUGAAGUGGUGACUUUGCCAGACAAAGGCAAAGUUGAUACUGUGAUGCAGAGCGUUCUGGUGGAGGUGGAGGGAACUAAACAGUCAGUCACUCAGAAUGAGCUCAUCUGCUUAACAGACCGUCCAUAUAACACAUCUAUCACCCUCGCUCUCCCCAAAGUUUUUGUGAAGGAUUCUGCCAAAUGCUUCAUCACUGUUCUGGGAGAUCUUAUGGGUCGUGCUUUGAGAAACAUUGGUGAUCUUCUGGCUAUGCCAUAUGGCUGUGGAGAGCAGAACAUGCUGCAGUUUGCCCCAAAUAUUUACAUCCUUCAGUACCUGGAGAGCAGCGGACAGCUCACUCCUGAGAUCAGAGCCCGAGCCAUAACCUUCCUGGAGAGCGGCUAUCAGAGAGAGCUGACAUAUAAGCAUGGUGAUGGAUCUUACAGUGCUUUUGGCUCAAAUGAUCCUUCUGGUAACACAUGGCUAACUGCAUUUGUGAUGAAGUCUUUCGGUGGGGCAAAGAGGUAUAUAUUUAUAGAUCAGACCAGCAUUGAUGAGGCGAAGAAUUGGCUGGGUCAACAACAGAAGACAAAUGGCUGCUUCGCCUCUGUGGGGCAACUCUUCCACAUUCAAAUGAUGGGUGGUGUCAAUGAUGAAGUCACUCUCUCUGCUUACAUCACCGCAGCGCUGCUGGAGUUAGGCGUGCAGAUUUCUGAUCCCAUGGUGGCGAGAAGCCUUGUUUGUUUGAAGGAAGCUUCACGUAACAUUACCAACACCUAUGUCAAUGCCUUGCUGUCCUAUACAUUUACACUUGCUGGAGAUGUAGAAAUGAGGCAGAAACUCCUGUCCAACCUGGACAAUCAGGCCAGGAGAGAAGGUGCUGGACGAUACUGGUCUCUGGUCAAUAAUGCUCAACAAACAGGCUCUGUGGAGGUAGAAAUGACUGCCUACGUGUUGCUGGCUCUUCUCUCGGGACCCUCGCUGCCUGGAUUUGGUCUCAGCUAUUCAGCUGGAAUAGUGCAGUGGCUGGGCAGACAGCAGAACGCCUUCGGGGGCUUCUCCUCCACACAGGAUACUGUAGUAGCGCUCCAGGCCCUUGCUAAGUACAGCGCUGCCGUCUUCAAUCCAGAAGGAUCCAUCGCCGUGACCGUGACCUCCCCAUCAGGACAGAGAAACCAGUUCACUGUGAACCGCAAAAACCGGCUGCUUUACCAGGAGAAACAGCUGACGGAAACUACUGGAACAUACAAGCUCAGGGCAGAUGGCAAAGGAUGUGUGUUUGUACAGUUUGCCCUGAACUACAACAUCCCCCCUCCUCCUGAUGCGUUGGCCUUCAACAUUAAAACAAAUACAGGAGUUUGCAGCAAAAACCAAGCUUUUACACUAAACGUCACUGUCCGGUAUGAUGGCAAACGAGAGGAGACCAACAUGGUGAUCAUUAACGUCAGGCUGCUGUCUGGGUUUAAGCUGGAUGAGGCGUCUCUGCAGGCCCUGAGGGAAGACCCCACCGUCAAACGUGUGGAUCUGGAUGAGGAUCAUGUCAUUGUCUAUUUGGAGAGUCUGAAAAAGAAGCAGGUGAAGUCCAUCAACCUGCGGCUUCAGCAGGACGUCUUGGUGCAGAAGCUCAAACCAGCUGUGGUGGUGGUCUAUGACUACUACAAGACCAGUGAAUUGUCUGUGACUGACUACACUUCAUCUUGUAAAUCAAUUUCUCUGUGAUGAUCUGAAGUGAUGAUGAACCCGAAUAUAUAGAGAAUUAUUUCUUAUACAAUACCUGUUCUGCUAUUACAUUUUUGUAAAAUCUUACCAAACUUGUCUUACUGUAUUGAUUAUGCACUUUAGUUGUUAUUAAGGAAAUUGUCUAUCAAAAAUAUGGUUUUACACCAUGAUUUGAUUUUGCACUUAAAAUAUUAAAC